AUGGCUACUUAUCCAGUAAUAUUUCGUUGUUCGGAGUGUACCAUUGAAAUACCAACCCUUGAACUCUUGGAAAGCCAUAUCUGGAGUAGGCAUCUUCACAAUUUUCCUUUUAGCUGUGCAAUAUGCAGAUUUCCUGCUAUUGCUCACAGUUCUUUAGCAGCCCAUUUCAAACAAGUUCACUCCCCUGGACAGGUUUGUGAUGCUAUUUAUGUUCUUGUAAUUCUUCUAUAUUUAUGCGUUUAUGGUCAUGGUUAUAAAUAUGUUUAUGGUUGUGACUAA